GAACAUUCGGAGAAGAGGAGAGGCACUGAACAAGAAAGAGCGAAGAGGAGGAUUUUGGUGGCUUGGACAAGAGGAUUUAGAGCACACUUCAAUCGAAUCCUCGCAGUUGGAACUUCUUCUGAUUCGAACCCUUGGAGAUUUGAAUCUUCGGAUGUUGUUCAUCAACGAUUUGGAUUCUUGGGAAUUGCAAGGUGA